GACAGUCACUGCCAGAUCAGCCAAAAUGCAGUCCAUCGCAGACUUAAUAAAAAAGAAAAGAGAUGGAGAGGAGUUGACUACAGAAGAGAUCCAAACUUUCAUCAAUUCUGUUACAAGCAAAACAAUACAAGAAUGUCAAAUAGGGGCCAUGCUCAUGGCUAUUUGGCAGAAGGGUAUGACUGUCAAAGAGACCCAGGAGCUCACUCGAGGAAUGAUGUCAUCAGGGGAAGUGAUGUCAUGGCCUGCGGAGUGGGCAGGGCGUGUAGUUGAUAAACAUUCAACUGGAGGAGUGGGGGAUAAAGUCAGUCUGGUGUUAGCACCUGCAUUAGCUGCUUGUAACUGUAAGGUGCCCAUGAUCAGUGGGCGGGGGCUGGCACAUACCGGAGGCACUCUGGAUAAACUAGAAGCAAUUCCUGGGUUUAAAAUUCACAAAACACAAGCAGAGGUUCAGGAGGUUCUGGCCUCAGUGGGUUGUUGCAUUGUUGGUCAGACUGAGACACUAGUUCCUGCAGACAGAGUUUUGUAUGCUUUAAGAGAUGCUACUAGCACUGUGGACAGUCUACCACUCAUUACUGGGUCUAUUAUAUCUAAGAAGGGGGCAGAAACUUUAUCAGCUCUGGUGCUUGAUGUAAAAUUUGGAAAAGCUGCUCUGUACAAAGAUCUAGCCAGUGCCAAAGAACUAGCACAGUCAUUGGUAAACACCGGGAACGGUUUGGAUAUUCGUACAGCGGCAAUCCUCAGCAAUAUGAACUCAAUAAUUGGUCGAUGUGUGGGUAACAGUUUAGAGGUGAUUGAAUCCUUAGAGGCACUAAAAGGGAACGGUCCUGAUGACCUGAUGGAGUUGGUGACAACACUUGGGGGAGUGUUGCUAAUGAUGACAGGUGUGGUGUCAAAUUUAUCAGAGGGCAAAACUAAAAUCUUUGAAGCUGUCACUGGUGGGGGUGCCGUUUCAAAAUUUCAGGCUAUGCUGGAAGCUCAAGGUGUGGCCAAAGAAGACGCUCUACACCUUUGUUCUAAAAAUACAGACUAUUAUCAAGUCCUGAGAAAAUCCAAGCAUUGCAUUACACUGACAACAAAGGAAAAUGGUGUGGUUGAGAAUAUAGAUGGCUUGUGCUUGGCCCAAAUCCUCCAUAAACUUGGAGCAGGACGAUCAAGUGUUGGAGCGGCUAUUAAUCACAGUGUAGGUGCUGAGCUCCUGGUGUCACUGGGUGAGGAGGUGCCAAAGGGUUUACCCUGGUUGAGGCUUCACUAUGAAACACCAGCUCCAACUGAAGAACAAAUAACCCAACUGCACAACAGUUUGCUUGUAGUAUUAAAGGAAGACACAAAAUACCAGAAACAAAAUUUAGUUCAGGAAAUUCUGUUGCCUGAUGAGGUUAAAGCACAACAAAUCAUAUACUGUAAUGAAUAAAUGCUGACACCACAUAUUAUACAAUAAAGGGACAUAAUUCCAUAAAAUGAACUAAACUAAAAUGUGUUGUUGACUAGGGUGGUGAGAAGUUGCAUACUGCACCUACAUUGUCCAGGAUACAGUGUGACAAAAAAACCCCAAAAACAUAUUAUCAAA